AUGCGCCAGCUUUCCCUCACGACAUCAACUUGCUUACCAAAGCAGGACAUCUACCGUAUCCGAGCUGAUGGUACUAGUCUCACUAAGAUCCUUUCAACCUCCUCGUUCAAAGACGCUGCUGCAAUCUCUCCUGAUGGUACGAGAGUUGCCUAUGUCUUGACCGCAAACAACUACAGGGCCAGCAAUUGGGUGCUCGACCUUGCUACAGGCAGCUCAUUCAAUUUGACCAACACCGAUACUGUUAGAGGUAACAGCGGCUUGCCUGAAAAUCAUCUGCGCCCUUCAUGGUCACCGGACGGCGAGUGGAUUGCGUUCAGCUCGGAUCGCAAUACGCAGUGGCGUGGUCACCGCAACGGCACUGGAUGGGAACACAUCCAGGAGCUUUCUGUCUAUGCAGUUCGGGCAAAUGGAAGCGACUUCCAUCAAGUCGCAACAAAGUCAGAGUACUGCUUGGGCAGUUUAAAGUGGUCUCCUGACGGAAAGCGGGUGCUCAACUACGAAGUAACUACCGAGAAUACAUGGGACACACAUCGUCCUGAGUCGCUGCAGAUUGUGUCGGGUCAGCUCGUCUCAGUCGAUUUUGAAACCGGCACAGACCGUAUUGAGCAUACCAGUGGCGAGGGUUUAAAGAUGUCUCCGCAAUGGCUUGCCAAUGACACCAUCGCAUACUUAAUCAAGAACACGGCGGACGAGGGACUAGGCUAUCUCACAGGUACCACCACCUCCAUUCCCAGAUCAAUUCGCAGUCCCCCACGGUCCCCCGACGGCACAAAGGUUGUCUACGAAAAGCUCGGCAACAGCAGCAUCGUAACUAUGAACCCCGACCUGAGCGACGUUCAAGACGUCUUCGAUGUCUACUCCACAGGCCAAGCGAAUGCCUCACAAGCUGCCAAAGGUCUGAUUGGAGCUUUCCUACCAGCAUGA